AUGUCCUCAGAGAAGGUUGACGAGAAGCACGACACCGAGUCCAAUGGAAGCCAUGCUCAAACCUCAAGCUCUGAAAUCGACCUCUUUUCGUUCCACGAGAAACGGGCAGGUCGUUUGAUUAUUGACCCAGCCGAAGCAAAAAUUGAGCUUGGAGAAGAGGUUGCGGCUAAAUUGAAGUUGUCUGCAGAUGGGACAAAAGUACUUUGGCCACAACCGACAGACUCUGAUUUGGAUCCCCAGAACUGGAGCGACGGUCGGAAGACACUCCUCCUCAUCAUCAUUACGCUUGCUGCUAUCGUACCCGAUUUCGAUUCCGGUAUAGGGAUCGCUGCUAUCUUUGCUUUGGCGGAACAAUACAACACGACCACUGGAGUUAUCAACAACCUCACAUCAAAUUGGAGUAUUUUCCUCUUAGGAUGGGGUGGCCUUGCUGCUGUGAUGGUUAUCCGACGUCUAGGUCGCCUCCCGGUGUUAUUUUGGUCACAGGUUCUGGCAUUAGGGUUCCUCGUUGGUUGUACUUUUGCCCCCGAUCUUAAGACUUUCACUGCUAUGCGGUGUUUGACCGCCUUCUUUGGAACUGCCCCACAAGUCACAGGUCUUUACGUUGUGACUGACCUAUACCCCUUUCACCUCCAAGCAAGGAAACUUAACAUCUGGACGAUGGGUUUCAUCGUCUCUCCAUUUAUUUCCCCAUUCGCCUUCGGCUUCCUCGUCGCUCGCACGUCAUGGAGGUGGGCGUAUGGCAUUGGGUCCAUCUACUCUGCGAUUGUGGUUUUGCUCAUUGCAUUCUUUAUGGAAGAAACGAUGUUCGACCGAACGUUGAAACCUAUCCCAUUGCCUACUUCCACAGGACUCAGGCUGAGAAUUGAGAACCUUGUUGGCAUCACAGGGUUAAGAAUGCAGAAAUAUCGCAUUUCUUGGUAUGAAUCUUUCGUCAGCCCAUUCCGACUGGUAUGGAGGCCUCAUUUAUUAAUGGUUUUGUUAUUUGAGGCAAUGCUUUUUGGGUUUGGUAUCGGUAUCAACGUUACCAACGCCGUUUUCCUUGGUUCCCCACCUCCCUUUGGUUAUGGCUUUAGUGAAUUCGCAGUUGCAGGAGGAUACGCAACACCCAUUGUAUCUGUUAUUCUCGGUGAAUUAUUUGGUCGGUACGCCAAUGACUGGAUUAUGAACGCCAGUAUCAGGCGGAACAAAGGUGUCUUCGAAGCCGAGAGCCGCCUUUGGGCAUGUUAUAUCGCCAUUCCUCUGUAUAUCUGUGGCUUUAUCACCCUUGGGGCCUCGUUCCAAAAACACCUUAGUGUCGGGGCAUUAGUAAUGGGAUGGGGAAUUGCUGAAUUUGCUAUCAUGAUUAACACUGUGGCCGUAUACGCCUACUGUAAUGACGCGUUCCCAAAACAUCAGGGGGAAAUCAGCGCCUUGAUUAAUCAUGCGCGUGUUCUUGGUGGCUUUAGUGUUGCGUAUUUCCAAGUACCAUGGGCGCUUAAAAAUGGCGCCAUUCAAACCUUUGGAUGCGAGGCUGCUAUCAUUGCCGGCCUAUUUGUGCUCUUUAUUCCAUUCCUACAAUGGAAAGGGUCCGCUCUACGGGCCAAAUAUUCAUUGCACUAA